AUGUAUGUUUUCUCACAAAUCCUUUCCAGACAGCCUUCUCGCAGAUGGAUUCCACCACUUCUCACUCAUCAAUGUAAAACCCAUUUUUCCACUGAGGCUUCGGUUGUAAAUAAUCUCGCCCACAACGACUUAUCUUCACAAAGUUUCUCUGGAAUCGCAAAAUCUGUGAUAUCAAAGUGUUCAGACGUUAGGGCUUCAAAUAAAGGUGAUAAAUCUAACACUCUUUUACUUCAAGAUUACAUUUUCAGACUCUCUGACAUAUCCCCUAAGAUAGUGCGUCGAUUUUGGAGAGUUUCCGUAUUAAAACCUGAAGAUGUUCUUGAAAUGCUGGUGGGUUUUGAAUGUAGAAUUGAGAAAUCUGAGGUUGAGGUUAAAAAGGUUGAAUCUUUGUGCGAAAUUUUCAAGUGGGCCAGCAAUCAAUCUAGAGAGUUCGAACAUUUCCCUCGUUCGUGUAAGAUUAUGGCUUCGAUGCUCGUGCAGUCCGGGUUUUAUCGGGAGGUUGAAACUUUGUUGUCAAGGAGGGAAUGCCAACGAUUUCUGUUGGAUUGUGAGGAAGUUUUCGGUGAUUUGAUUAAAGGGUACGUGGGGAAAUUUGAAUUGGACAGGGCUGUGUUGGUUUAUGAGAGAAUGAGGGGCCUAGGUUUAGUGCCGUCGGGGGCAAGUUAUCAAGCCCUGCUUAGGUAUUUGAUUGAAGUUGAUGCAGCACAGUUGAUGUAUCAUGUUUAUGAGGAUAUGAUCAAUGUGGGACUAGGAGGGAGUGUAGAGGAGAAAUGGAUUCAUGAAAACGUAAUUCGUCUGCUUUGUGUGGAUGGGAGAGUGCAGGAAGCUAGAGAUCUGUUUAGGAAGGUCACAAGUUUUGGAAUGAAACCAAGUAAUUUAGUCGUAAAUGCAAUUGUUAGAGGGUAUUGUGAUAAGAAGGAUUACGAUGAUCUGUUGAGUUUUUUCGCUGACUUUAAGGUUGUGCCAGAUGCUAUACAUGGAAACAAGAUUCUCUUUUCAGUAUGCAGAAGCUUUGGUGUUGAGGAAGCCAGCAUAUUCUUGCAGGAUUUGGAAGAACUUGGUUUUCGCCCUGAUGAAAUAUCAAUAGGUAUCUUGAUCGGAUCCAGUUGCCGUGAGGGGAAAUUGAAGAAUGCUUUCAUUUAUAUGUCAAAUCUUGUGUCAAGAGGUCUCAAGCCGCAUGUAUAUUCUUAUAAUGCUCUCUUAAAUGGGAUGUUUAAGGAGGGUAUGUGGGUGCAUGCUCGAGACGUACUUUUUGAAAUGAAAGAUAUGGGAGUUACUCCCGAUUUGUCUACCUACAAAGUACUCUUGGCUGGAUUCUGUGAAGCUAGACAAUUUGACGAAGUGAAGGCCAUAGUUUGUGAGAUGUCGGACUAUAACUUGGUGAAACUCUCAGCAACCGAAGAUCCACUAGCCAAAGGAUUCGAGCUCUUGGGGAUCAGUCCAUUGAGUGUGAAGAUUAAAAGGGACAAUGACAAAGGAUUUACUAAAACGGAGUUCUUUGACAAACUUGGUAAUGGACUUUAUUUACACACGGAUCUGGAUGAGUAUGAGAGGGCAAUUACUCAAGUUCUUGAUGAUGCCAUGGUGCCAGAUUUCAACUCCUAUAUAAUGGAGAAAUCACACAGUCCAGAUACAAAAGAUAUUCUCAUAGUGGUGGAUGAAAUGUCACGAUGGGGGCAAGAAAUAUCUUUGCCCACCUUGUCUUCAUUAUUUUGUUACCUUUGUAGAGCUCCCUUUGGUGUCAAGGUCAUAAACCAUCAUUUGGAGACCAUGUCCAAAUCAACUUAUCAGCUCGAUGGAAGCACUUUAAAUAUGCUCGUUCAGACUAACAGCAAAAGGGGAUUCACUUUUAGGGCAAGGACGAUUUUUGAUGGUAUGGCACGGAGGGGUUACAAAAUUGAUAAUGGUACGUACUCUGCUUUGUUGGUUGAUGCGUGCAAAAAAGGUGACUUGACGAGCCUCCACUUCUACUUGAAGCUUGCACGUAAAUCUAAUUGGUCGCCUGAAGUGAAGGAUGGAAAGGCUAUUCUGCGUUAUCUGUGCAAGAACAAGUUGUUAAAUGAGGCACUAGAGUUAUUUGAAGCCAUGCUCUUAGUCAGCUCUUGUGAUAUUUUGGAUAUUUUUGACUCAUUACUUGAAGAGCUUUGUCGUCAAGGAUUCACUAGCACGGCUUGUGUUUUGAUAGACGAGUUUUCAAAACUAGCCACCUUUUCUUACGACAUACCUUAUAGCCGUAUUAUGAGUGGGUUUUGUCGGGAGAAAAGGUUCACAGAAGCCUACAAGGUUCUUCAUACUAUGAUUUCUAAGGGCUUGCCUCCACCCAUGGAGGCAUCCAUUCACUUAAUCUCUCACUUGUGCAGGACGAAGUAUGAGAAUGCCAUUGAACUGAAAAAUAUGUGCUUGAGGAAUCAGUCUUCUGCGCAACUUCCUUUCCACUCUGCUCUCAUGAAUGGGCUCUGCAAGUCGGGAAGGUUUGGAGAAGCAGCUCGUCUAUUCACAGAAGUACUAGGAAAGGGCUUAGUUCCAGAUGCUGAGAUGUAUAACUCUUUGAUUGCAGGCUAUUGUGAAGGAAAUAACUUGAAGAAAGUUAGAGAGACACUCGGGGUUAUGAUAAGAAAGGACUUGAGUAUCUCUACUUGUAGUUACAGCAACAUGGUACGCCUCACAUGCAGAAACGGAAUGUUCUCGCUUGCACUAAGUUUGAAAGAGCUUAUGCUUCGAGUAACUCACAUCCCAGAGCUCGUGCUAUAUAAUAUUCUGAUAUUUCACAUUUCAUCGAAGCAGAAGAAACUGGAUACCGUGAUUGGUGCUCUUCAAAACAAAGGACUACAGUUUGAUGAUGUUACUUUCAAUUUUGUCAUUCGAGGACUCCUGCUGUGUAAAAAUGUAUCAGAUUCUCUUCACUACCUGACAGCUAUGACGAGGAAAGAUCUGAAGCCAAGUAAUCGUACACUACGAGGAGUUAUCAGUUCCCUCUGCCACGAUGGAGAGCUUGAGGUAGCCUUGAAUUUGAGUCGAGAAAUGGAAUUAAGAGGUUGGAUUCAUGGUUCGGUGAUUCAGAAUGACAUUGUUGAGGAGCUUCUCGGUAAGGGUAGAAUCCAUGAAGCAGUAGGGUUUCUUGACAGAAUGGCGUUAAAAGAUCUGAUACCAAACCACAUCAAGUAUGAUCAUUUGAUCAAACAAUUUUCUCAGCACGGUCGUCUGGAUAAAGCAGUUGAUCUUUUGAACAUCAUGUUGCAGAAAGGAAGCCCUCCGGAGGGCAGCAGCUACGACUGUGUGAUUCAAGGUUUGUGCAAUGGCCAGAAGUUGGAUGAAGCUCUGGAUUUUCAUAAGGAGAUGUUGUAUAGGAAGUUGAAACCGAGUAUGAUUACUUGGGACACUCUUAUUCGUAGAGUGAGUGCAGGUGGUCGAGUAGAAGAAGCAGAUGAUCUGCUUAAAUCCAUGAUCCGGUUAGGUGAAACUCCAUACCGUGAGACAUUCAACUGCGUGAUUGAUAGAUACCGGUCAGAAAAGAACAUUAGCAAGACGUCGGAGCUCUUGAGUGUUAUGCAGCAGAAGGGUUAUGAGCCAGACUUCGACACACAUUGGUCUCUGAUAAGCAACUUGAGCCAUUCCACUAAGAAAGAUGAUAGCAGUUUCCUGUCGAGUCUUCUCUCUGGUUUCGCCUUUAAGGGGAAGAACAACUCCACAAUUGGUUGAUGUACAGUUAUCAUAUCAUAUCCCUGUAAAUUUAAUGUUCAAUUUUGCAUGUAUCCAGGUCUAUAAUUGUCAGGCCAAAUGCCAUAAAGUGUUAUGCAAUAAAUUUAUUUUUUCUGUGUCCUUCA